ACAAAGCAGUGCAAGUGUCGGUGUUUUAAAGUCAGUGGGAGGGGAAAGCAAAGGAAUAUUCAGCUACGGGAGUUUAGACGAGGGUAAAACGUUAAUACCAUUACAGUUUUAGACGUGACUUUUUUUUUAACUGAACUGAAACAUGUCUGGACGUUUAUCUCGCUAACCAGCUCGUUACCUGUGGCAGAAUUUGCGCUGAACUUUGUUCAGUGACCGGUUUAAGACAUUGCUAUUUAUACACUUCGUAUUUGUUUCUCGAUUUGAAAUGGUCAGGUCAAAAAUGAGCUUGUGGACACUGUGUCUGCUGUUUUUGGCUUCUGUUUCUCGCGGAAAAGCCGCGGAGUGUUCGAAACCUGUUCCGACGGGUAAUGUGGUGUUAACUGAUGACGCUAUUCUGAAGAACGACUUCCCAGACGGCUCUGAAGUAACUGUCGAGUGUGCCAAUGGAUAUGUGAUGGAGCAGGGCUCAGACAUCAUCACCUGUACAGACGGGGCGUGGAGCACACCGCAGUUAAUAUGCAGAAAGAGAGACUGUGGUUCUCCCAAGCCUGCACCGAACAUAACAUAUGUAAUGCCAGAUGGAACAUUGUUCGGCGCACGCAUUAAACCAGUUUGUGACAGAGGGUAUUUUCUUCAGGGUUCAAGCUCUAGGCAGUGUCUUGCGACUGGUUGGAGCGGAAGGUCAAGAUGUGAAAUCAUCACUUGUGCGAAACCCACUGAGAUUUCUGAUGGCAUGAUUAUCCGACGCCCGGUAAAGGACUACCCUGAAUUUGAAGAUACCAUUGAGUACUCCUGUAAUCCUGGCUACACUCUCAUCGGCAGCAAGUCCAUUUUUUGUCAGGACGACGGUGAAUACAAUGAACCACCCCCUAUGUGCUUAGAUAUCAGCACAACAGUACGUUAUCCGGAGACAACAGAAACCACAGACACCGUCUUCAGAGUUGACACCAACAGAAAUAGCACCACCACUGCCCCAUCUGAUGUAAGAGGACUGGAUUAUGAACCUUCAAGUACUGUAGCAGGCACUAGGAUUAGUGGUUAUACAACUGAGAUUGCAGUAUUCAGCCUUGUUUUUGCAGGUUUCCUAGUCAUCGGACUUGUGUCUUGUUUAUAUUACUUCUGUAAACGGAAGGGAUGGCCUCUUUAUCUUUCACUCACUCCAUCUCUCUCCACUUUAUGCUCUAUCAUUCUUUCCUGCCUGAUGCUAGUGUCCAGAGACCAGAGAAACAAAAGCAAAACAAAACAAAAACACCCGUCCUGGAAAAAAAUGAAAAAUGGAAAAAGACGCAAAACAGCAGGGAUGGAAAUGAAGGUAAGAGAACAAUACAGGCCUUCUCUUAUCUGGUCAGUGCAUGAAUUAUUAGAGUCUUCUCAGUGAGAGAGAUAAGAAACCGAGGAGUCACCGUGGUCUCUCUCAGGACAUGCAUGCAUACACACUAACCUUUUAAAGAGACCAUAUUUGGGAAAAUGAGUUUGAUACUGUUUGAUACUAUGUAAACAGCCUGUUUUUAAUUGUGAAAAAGUGAUAUUACAGCCAUGAUCAAAAUUACAAAUUCACACUGAAGUGAUAAGGAGUGUUGGUACUGCAGGAAUUCUGCAGUAGUUGGAGUGAAAGAUGUGGGGACAAAGGAUUAAAUGUUGUGCUGUCCUUGGCUGAAGCAAACUAAUCACUGCAGCCUUUCAAAGGAUCCAGACAGGCAAAAACAGUGACUAAAAUGUAUUUUUCUGAUAUUCCUGAGGAUUUCAAUCUGAAUUUAACAGUAUGUUCCUUACAUUUCAGCCUUGACUGUGUUUUAAACAAACAGGAAACAAGGCGGCCCAUUAGAACAGAGAUUGAAGACACAAGAGGUUGGAAAAUGGUCACGUAAAAAAAAUGAAUUACUGUUCUUGUUCUGUACAGCAAAGCAAUGUGGAAGUGGACUUUAGGGGAUAAACAAAAGAAAAAAUUAAAUAUGGUGUGAGGAGUCUAAGCUAAAUAAGUAAUUAGUUCAACAAGUAAAUAUCAUGGACUGUCCCCAAGCAAGCCAGUCAGUCCAAUAAACAAUGAAGACAUUGUUGGGUAAAAGAUAGGAGCGACUAGUGUUUCUGAAAAAAACAAACACAGACAUGGUCCAUGCUGUGUAUAUAAAAGGGGCUACAUACUUCUUGAAAAAACCAACCCCACCCCCUUACAGUUAAACUCUGCACCACCACAGGAACCCUUUAAGCCCUCCCCUACAGAUGUUAUAGUCAUUCUGCCCUCCUCUGAUUUCUUAGAGUAGCUUCUCUUCUUUUCCCUCAACUCAACCAGAUUAAUCCAAAAUCACUGCCGUUAUUCCUUCACUUGUGUUAAAUCCCAGGAGAAUUCCCUGUUGUGGAAUGCUUCAAGAGGCCAGCAAAAGAAUGCCUCAGGAAAGGGGAUAUGUGGAUUCCCCUCGGCCCAGAGCCAGAAGGGAAUUGGGCGAAAAGAAAAAGGGAGGAAAAGAGGAAGUGAAGGAGGGGCUGACCCACUAAUCCUAGAGAUGCUAGGCUGAGGGUUGUGGCUUUUACAACUCUCACGGCACCAGCAUUCCACAACUCAGCUCCAAAGCUUCAAAUAUUGUGAUCUGAGAGGAUCCAACUCUCCACAUUGGGUUCGGUCAGGUCCAGACAUCACUUCUGUGUUUGAAAUGUCCAAUUUGGUCAUCUCCCACUUUUGACAGAUUUUGCAUUUGUUUAUAGAACCUGCAUUUCAUAUUUUCUGCUUCUUACCUGCUUUUAUUAUAUUAGAUCAUUUUAAUUUGGCUGGGGUCACUCAUGUUAUUGGUAGAAAGGCCCACUAAGGUCCACAAGGCCAGCAUGAGAACAACACAGCCUAUGUAAAGUUCCAGACUAAAAACUUACGGGAUGUUGUUUGGAGAUGUAAGCGUUUUUAUUCAUCACAAGUAAUUGCUAAGGUGUUGCUAGGCCAUUGUUAUGGUGUUGUGUUAACCACUAGGUGGUUGCUAAGGUAUUGCUAGGCCAAUGUGAUAGUAUCCCAGGUGGUUGCUAAGGUGUUGCUCGGCCAUUGCUAUG